AUCCAUAGUUUUUUUGUUGUGCCUGGUGUUGGCCAUUGUUCUCUGACUCAGGUCAGUCAAGUACAGUAUCUCUACUGCCUGAGCUGAAGUCAGUUCUUACUUCUUUUCCAAUAGGAUUGGUGUUUACGGGACUCGUCUGCCUUGUUUCUUCACUGAUCGAUCCGUUCCUUUUCAUAGAGGUUGUUUCAACCUGUGGACAUUGAGGAUUUUUGUUUGAAGAAAGCCGAGAGGACUGAUCUAACCUAGGCUGAUACCCCAAAGGAAGAGAAGAGAGGCGAUCUUACUAUAGUCCUGAGUGCAUCGUCGUGACGUGUUUUCCUCCACGAUGUGGGAUAUUGCGAAGUCGGCCGUUCUGGGAAGGACGAAAGAGGAGGCUGAGAGCGGGGCCAAGGACGAUGAAAACGGCCCUGGCUGCGGCUCGAUGCUGUUGGGACGUGUCUGGGGAUCAUUUGCCGCCGUCCUUGUGAUGGUGUUUGGGUUCUUGAACCUCAUCACCUGUCCUCAGUGGGCAAUCUACAUGAUGUGUUUCGGCUUCAUCACUCUUCUGCUGGAAGCAUCCUUUGUGGCAGGUCUUUUCGACUGCUCUGAGGGCUUCUCUCAGCUUCUUGCGCGCAUCAAACCAUGGCAGAAGGCUGCCCUAUAUGGCAUGAGCAGUAUUCCGCCGUUGUUCGGCUGUUUCGGCAUCACCAUAUUCUUGGCGUGUGGUGCCUGGUUUGGCACGGGUGCCUUCUACUUUUUCCUCUUCUUGGGCACCAGGAAGAAGAGCCCUCACUCUGCUACCUACAAUGCGGCGGAUGAGGAAGCACAGUUGAAUUUGAUCGAUGAGAAGGCUGGGAAGGGCGAUGCUGCUGAGGAGACCUCAUCCUGGUGGCCUUUCUCCACAAGUUCAACUGCACAGGCAGGCCGUUCCACGGAAAUGCAAGCGGUGGCCAAGCCUGAUGCGGCGCAGAAAGAGGAGGCGAAAAGUCCGCAGCCCGCUGAGCUCACUGGAGAACUGCCCGGCAAUGUCCCACCAGCGUUCCCUGAGCCCACACUGCGCGGUGCCAGUGCUGGACCGCUCACUACACCAUACACUGGUCCUCCGAUCAAGGAAUUAACUGCUCCUACGGCCGCCGCUGCUUCGGUUCCAGCACUACCACCGCCUAGUGCAAACGGUCAACGAACUGUUCCCUACGCUGGACCACUGAUCAAGUCAUUCGGUGAUGCAGUGGCGUAAUUUGAAAUAUGCCUUUGGCCAGUUCUCUUGAUCCUUCUUCUUUCUCUAACCUAUAUUUAACGGCUUUCAGCGACAGUGCCUAUAGCCCCUUGAGUUUAUUUUGCGAAGCACCGCUUGCCAUUUUAUUAUCACUAUUUUUGCCAUGUGGAAAAACGACACCAUGCUUUUGUGCCCUGCUUUUUUCUGCGUGAUGUGCUGCUGCAGUGGAAAGUCAUGUCAAAACUGCCUACUCUUAAUGCCCAUUCACUCUUUCAUGGAGGUUAUGGGUUUUGUAUGCUUUCUUACCCCUUUUUGUACUUUGAAUGGACUAUUUUUCUGUGUAACAGCCAGCUGAAUAUUUUUGGUCACCUUCUUUUGUUCUGUGCUCAUGCCUUGUUGUUUUAGGUCUGUCUUCUAGGCUCCAUCCCUGCCCUCCCCUAACACUAGUGAUAGUAGUAUACUAGCUCUGCGUAAGCUACUAGCUGCUGGAUAGCUUUAGCAUGCACACAUACAUGUAUCUAUCGUGAAGAGUAGAUAGCUACUCAGAGAUCUCUCUCUCCCAUAUACACUGGCCAUAAUUAUGGUUAACAAUAUGGACCGUUCGCCACAGCCUAGCUAUGAUAGCAAUAGCCUGCUGUACAUAAUUACAUGUUUUCGUAUACUGUGAACUGCAUCUAACCUCUCAA